AUGUCGGCCAGAAAGGGCGAUCUUCACCCGGCGUCCGAUUUUAGCAGCGCCAUGACAUGUCCCAACAACCAGGCUGCGAACCCCUUUUUCGUGGACUCCCUGAUCAACGUGAGGGGCGACGGAGGGGCUUAUUACCACAGCAACGGCGUGUACUUACCACCGGAAUACUCCUACGGGGGAGCGUCCUGUUUCCCCGGGAUCGGCAAGCGCUGCACGGAGGGGAGCGCGCCGGGCGCCAUGCCGCCUCCUGCGGCGCAUUACGCACCGGGGAUGGACGCAUGGCUGGAGGCGUCCCGGUCCUGCAGGGUGGAGCAGCAACACAUGCCCCAGCAGUGCGUCUUCUCCGCCGCCGUCAAGGAGGAGAACAAUUACUGCCUUUACGAGGCGGAGAAAUGCCCUAAAGGAGCCUCGGUGGAGGACAUCCCUUUCCCCGGCGUCUCCUGCCCGGCCACGGGCGGAAGCACCGUGCCCGUCCCCGGCUACUUCCGUCUGUCCCAGACCUACACGUCGUCCUCCAGGCUUUAUCACGACCCCCAGCCGAGCGUGACCAGCUUCACCCCGCAUAGACCUCCGCAGCCUCCCCUUACCGCAGAGCCCGGGCUGCAGCGGGAGAGCCUGGAGGAGGCGCCCGCGUCCGAGCCGCACAUCCCGGCCAGGGAGGAAGAGCGCAGUCGGCUCUCACCCGAGGGCUCGUCGUCGUCAUCCCCGGAGCUGGUGGAGGCUUGCGGUGUGGAGUGUGCAGAAAAGCCCAUUAAAGAAGAAGGCACCACAGAAAGUCCUGCCAGCUGGUUGACUGCAAAGAGCGGCAGGAAGAAGCGAUGUCCUUACACCAAACACCAGACUCUGGAGCUGGAGAAGGAGUUCCUCUUCAACAUGUACUUAACCAGGGAGCGUCGCUUGGAGAUCAGCCGCAGUGUGCACCUCACCGACAGGCAAGUGAAAAUCUGGUUCCAAAACAGGAGGAUGAAACUGAAAAAAAUGAGUCGGGAAAAUAGGAUCCGGGAGCUGUCCGGCACUUAUGGUUUCUCCUGACUGACCUCAAGCUCCAUCCAUGGUGCAAACUGUGACAAUGAACAGGACAUUAUAAUGCUAACUUAUUCUUAAAUGUUUAUUAUUUCAGCUUUUAUUCGUCGUCGACAUGUGUAUUUAUAUGGCAUUUGUGCCCCUUGUGUUUGAACUGUACACAUGUUGUGACUACAACUGUCAGUUUGUACAUAUAAUAAUAAUAAUAAUAACGAUAAUAAUGUAAAGUGAAACCAUGUGCAUGCAUAUA